AUGGGGCUUGGGAAAGCAGUAGUAGUUGAGGGUUCGCUGGUUGCUUUUGAUCAUAGAUCCCUGCAAAUUGCAACAAAGAACUUUUCGAAGAAAUUUGUCGGAGGAGGAUUUUGUUCAGUUUUCAAGGGCACAUUGCUAGACUCAACUGUCGUAGCAGUAAAGCAAUUUCAAAGUGUUAACCAAGGAGAGAAACAAUUCUGGACAGACAUCAGCACAAUUGGUAUAAUCCAACAUGUUAAUCUGGUUCGACUUCUCGAGUUCUGGUCUGAAGAUGCCAAAAGGCUAUUGGUUUAUGAUUACAUGUCAAAUGGAUCUUUAGGUUCUUGCCUUUUUGGGGAAAAGAGUUCAUACGUUUUGAAUUGGAAAGCAAGAUAUCAAAUUGCUUUAGGCAUUGCAAGAGGCCCUUUUUAUCUCCACGAAAAGUGCAGAGACUGCAUAUGGAAGAGUUAA